AUGGCGACCCAAGUAGCAUCGACGACACAACGUCCCGUGAGGAUCGGCACGCGCAAGUCUAUGCUCGCAAGAGUGCAGACUGACAUUGUGUGCAAAGAGCUGCGCAAGGCAUGGCCCGACCGUCAGUAUGAGAUCCACGCCAUGAGCACAAUGGGCGACAACAACCAGACCACUGCGCUGCAUGAGUUCAAUGCAAAGGCUUUGUGGACCCACGAGCUCGAGGCUCUGCUGGAGAAUGGUGACUUGGAUCUCAUUGUCCACAGUCUGAAGGACAUGCCCACCCAGCUCCCUCCAUCCAUGAGCAUCGGCUGCAUCUUCCCCCGCGAGGACCCUCGUGACGCCCUCGUCGUCAAGCCCACCUUCCCCUACAAGUCCCUCGCCCAGUUGCCUGAAGGCUCCGUCAUUGGCACCUCCUCCGUACGCCGUUCCGCCCAGCUCAAGCGUCUAUACCCGACCCUCAAAUUCGCCGAUGUCCGCGGCAACGUCGGCACCCGUCUUGCCAAACUCGACAAUCCCGAGGGCGAAUACACCGCCCUCAUUCUGGCCGCAGCAGGCCUCUCCCGCCUCGGCAUGUCCGACCGCAUCACCAGCUACCUCGAUAAAGCAACAGGCGGUAUCCUGCACGCAGUAGGCCAAGGUGCGUUGGGCAUCGAAGUCCGCUCCGACGACGAGGACGUUAAGAAACUGCUUUCGGCCGUUGGCUGCGAGUGGACCACCCGCGCCUGUCUCGCCGAGCGCAGUCUGAUGCGCACCCUCGAGGGCGGCUGCAGUGUACCCAUUGGCGUCGAGACCGAGUGGGUGCGCAAGAACGGCUCCGAGUUCACCGAGACUCUGAUCAUGCGUGCGCUUGUUGUCAGUUUGGAUGGUCAGAGGCACGUUGAGACCGAGAUGCAGCGACGCAUCACCAGCAGAGAAGAGGCCGAUGAGUUUGGAUGGGAUGUCGCAAGGAAGUUGGUCGAGCUGGGUGCCGAAUCCAUCCUUCACGACAUCAACCUGAACAGGAAGAUUAUCGAGGAGCAGGGUGAUGCAUAG